AACACACACCAAUAACUCCUAGCCAAGGCCACUAUGAAAACCAAUCCUGGGGUUCUCCAUAUAGUAUUAAUCAUCACUCUAGCUAUCCUAAUGGGCCUAGCUAAACCCGACCCGGACCCACUUCAGGAUUACUGUGUGGCCAACACAAAAGUCCCUCAAUCCAUAUACCUUAAUGGCGCUCCUUGCAUAAACCCAACUCAGGUCAUUGCUUCCCAUUUCACCACAUCAGUCCUGGCCAAGCCCGGUAACACAAAAGCCAACAUUUUUGGCUUCAAUGUCACUCUCACUAACAUUGUCAAUUUGCCAGGACUCAACACAAUGGGCCUGACCAUGGCUCGAGUCGACAUCGAGGCAAAUGGGCUUGUGCCGCCCCACUCUCAUCCGCGGGCCUCUGAAGUUACCAUCUGCCUGCAGGGUACCAUUCUAGUGGGCUUUGUUGAUACGUCUAAUCGUCUCUUCACGCAACAGUUACGAACCGGUGACUCGUUUGUGUUUCCAAAAGCUCUUAUUCAUUUUCUCUAUAAUAUCGACUCAAAGGCUCCAGCAUUGGCUGUGUCUGCGCUUAGUAGCCAAAACCCAGGUGCACAAUUGGCCUCUGUUGCUACAUUUGCAUCCAAGCCAUCGAUCCCAGAUCAAGUUUUGAGGAAAGCAUUUCAGAUUAACAGCCAAGAUGUUGCCAGGAUUCGUACAAAUCUUGGUGGUUGAUUCUGUGAGACUAAAUAAUGGUGUAUUAUUUGUCAACUUGAAAUGGUGCAUGGUGGUUAAAAUUUCACAAUAAAUAGACUUCCCAACCCCCUUUUUUUUUAUUUA